GUGCCUCGCUCUCUCUGGCUGGGCUGCUCGUCGGUGGCCGAGAGUUUGUGUGCACUCAGGUGCCUGCAGAGCAUCCCCUCCACCCGGGCUCACAACCAGAACACGUCGGGUAUGGAGUCACAAAAUCUAGUGGAUGACCUGUCACCAAAGAAGAACACAGUUCUCAAGCUUAGUAACGGUCCCGUCGUGGGUUCCCGCAAACGCCCAUCAGAGGGCAACUACGAGAAAGAGAAGGAACACUGCAUUGCCCUUUUUGACCAGUGGUCAGAGGCCGACCAGGUGGAGUUCGUCGAGCGUCUGAUAUCCCGAAUGUGCCACUACCAGCACGGCCACAUUAACUCUUACCUCAAACCCAUGCUACAAAGAGACUUCAUCACAGCGCUGCCAGCCCAAGGCUUAGAUCACAUAGCAGAAAACAUCCUGUCUUUUCUGGACGCACGUUCGCUUUGCGCGGCAGAACUGGUGUGUAAGGAAUGGCAGAGGGUCAUCUCGGAAGGCAUGCUGUGGAAGAAGCUGAUAGAGCGCAUGGUCCGUACUGACCCACUAUGGAAAGGACUGUCAGAAAGACAUCAGUGGGAGAAAUAUCUGUUUAAAAAUCGCACAUCCGAAGUCCCGCCCAACUCUUAUUAUCACUCCCUAUAUCCCAAAAUCAUCCAAGACAUAGAGACAAUUGAAGCUAACUGGCGGUGCGGCAGACACAAUUUGCAAAGGAUUCAGUGUCGCUCAGAAAACAGUAAAGGGGUGUAUUGUCUCCAGUACGAUGACGACAAGAUCAUCAGUGGCCUUAGGGACAAUUCCAUCAAGAUAUGGGAUAAACAGUCACUGGAGUGUUUGAAGAUUCUGACUGGUCACACAGGUUCAGUGUUGUGCCUCCAGUAUGAUGAAAGGGUCAUCGUCACCGGGUCGUCAGACUCAACCGUUAGAGUGUGGGAGGUGACGACGGGCGAGGUACUCAACACGCUGAUCCACCACAACGAGGCCGUGCUUCAUUUACGCUUCGCCAACGGCCUCAUGGUCACGUGUUCCAAGGACCGCUCGAUCGCCGUGUGGGACAUGGCGUCUCCGACAGACAUCAGCUUACGGCGCGUCCUCGUAGGGCACCGGGCGGCUGUCAACGUAGUUGACUUUGACGAUAAAUAUAUCGUGUCAGCCUCAGGGGACCGCACCAUCAAGGUAUGGAGCACCAGCACCUGUGAAUUUGUCCGAACUCUAAACGGUCACAAAAGGGGCAUCGCCUGUCUACAGUACCGGGAUCGACUGGUGGUCAGCGGCUCGUCUGAUAACACUAUUAGGUUAUGGGACAUUGAGUGCGGGGCAUGUUUGCGAGUGUUGGAGGGUCACGAAGAGCUGGUGCGUUGCAUACGUUUUGAUAACAAGAGGAUUGUCAGCGGCGCUUAUGACGGUAAAAUCAAAGUGUGGGACUUGCAAGCAGCCUUGGACCCACGAGCCCCAGCAAGCACGCUAUGCCUGCGCACUCUAGUGGAGCAUUCUGGCCGCGUGUUCCGUCUGCAGUUUGAUGAGUUCCAGAUCAUCAGCAGUUCUCACGACGACACCAUCCUGAUCUGGGACUUUCUCAACGUCUCCACCAACGGCCAGUCAGAGGGACGGUCUCCCUCCCGCACCUACACUUACAUUUCUAGAUAG